AUGGCGCAGCCGGCCUGCGGACUCCGUUCCACCUUUGGCUUCCAGUGCUGCUUCCUCCUCCUUCUGGCUUCUUGGGAGGCAGGUGCUGCUACCUCUCAAGAACUUCAGAGAACGGGUGAAUCCCCGAUGUUGGGUCACUUGCUCCCCCUCACUCCAGCCCUUGCUGGCAAACAUGAAGGAAAGAUCACAGUGGUCAAUGAGGUCACGGGUGUGCAGGGACAGCCCACAGGACAUAAAGAAGAGACCACAUUAACUGAUGGGAAGACCAUGAGUACCCAAGAAGCUGCUACAGGGCACGGACAGAAGACCACACCAGCAUACAAGAAGACUACAGAUAACCAAGAAGCCCCUACAGGGCACGGACAGAAGACCACACCAGCCUACAAGAAGACUACAGAUGACCAAGAAGCCCCUACAGGGCACGGACAGAAGACCACACCGGCCAGCGAGAAGAAUACAGAUGACCAAGAAGCCCCUACAGGGCACGGACAGAAGACCACACCGGCCAGCGAGAAGACUACAGAUGACCAAGAAGCCCCUACAGGGCACGGACAGAAGACCACACCGGCCAGCGAGAAGACUACAGAUGACCAAGAAGCCCCUACAGGGCACGGACAGAAGACCACACCGGCCAGCGAGAAGACUACAGAUGACCAAGAAGCCCCUACAGGGCACGGACAGAAGACCACACCGGCCAGCGAGAAGACUACAGAUGACCAAGAAGCCCCUACAGGGCACGGACAGAAGACCACACCGGCCAGCGAGAAGACUACAGACGACCAAGAAGCCCCUACAGGGCACGGACAGAAGACCACACCAGCAUACAAGAAGACUACAGACGACCAAGAAGCCCCUACAGGGCACAGACAGAAGACCACACCAGCCAGCGAGAAGACUACAGAUGACCAAGAAGCCCCUACAGGGCACGGACAGAAGACCACACCGGCCAGCGAGAAGACUACAGAUGACCAAGAAGCCCCUACAGGGCACGGACAGAAGACCCCACCAGCCAAUGCGAAGACUACAGAUGACCAGGAAACCCCUGCAGGACAAGAAGAGACCACACCAGCCAACAAGGAGACUGUAAGUACUCAAGAAGCAUCUACAGGACACGAGGAAGAGCCCACGUUGGCCAACGGGAAGGUCACAGUCAUUGUGGUCCUGGUGGCUGUGAUCCUCUUCCUGAUGUUCCUCGGCCUCAUCUUCCUGGUCUCCUAUCUGACUCGAACGCGCCGUGUACGGACCCAGGACGCCGAGGACAACGAGCCUGAUGACGAGGGGGGCCCCAACUCCUACCCGGUCUACCUGAUGGAGCAGCAGACUCUCGGCACCGGCCAGAUCCCCUUCCCACGGUGA